CGCGUGGAGCUGUGGGCUGAGUCCAGUGACAUCACCGGCAGUCUCACCGGGGGGGGGCAAAGACAACCUCUGACACAAAGCUCUCCGGCUGAGAGCUCCGUGGAGCGCAGUAGGACACGAGCUCAGCUAAUGGACACACUUCCCUCCAAAGACAUGAAGGAAGCAAAGACAAAGGUGUUCCACAGCGUAAAGCUGUUUGUCCUGUGCCACGGCCUCCUGCAGUUCUCUCAGCUGCUGUACAGCUCCUACUUCAAGAGCACCAUCAGCACAAUUGAGAGACGCUACGGCCUCAGCAGCUACUCCUCAGGAACCAUUUCCUCUCUCCACGAGGUCAGCAACAGUGUGUUGAUAGUGUUCAUCAGCUACUUUGGAAAUCGGGUCCACCGCCCUCGCGUUAUUGGAAUCGGUGGAGUACUGAUGGCUGUCAGCGCCAUGAUCCUGACCUUACCUCACUUCUUGUCCCAGCCCUACGAAUACGACUCUGUUUUACACAAUCGCCAUGACAUUUGCAACCUGCAGGGGAACUCCAGCAACCUGGAGAGUUGUGGCCGCGACGAGACCAGGCGUCUGGCCGACACUAACAACCUGUGGCUGCUCAUGGGCAGCGCCCAGCUGCUCUUUGGCGUGGGCUCGGUGCCCAUCCAGCCCUUUGGGAUUUCCUACAUAGAUGAUUUUGCUGGGCCUGGCAACUCCCCUCUUUACAUAGCCAUCCUGUUUGCUGUAUCUGUAUUCGGGCCUGCCGUUGGAUACCUGCUGGGCGCAGUCAUGCUGCAGAUCUAUGUGGACGUGGACAAAACUGGUUUUGGAGCGGAACAAGAGCUGAUACAGAGUGAUCCCCGCUGGGUCGGUGCCUGGUGGAUGGGCCUGCUCCUCACCUCCGGCUGCCUGGUUCUCACCUCCAUCCCCUACUUCUUCUUCCCUCGUGGAAUGCCUUCAGAAGACAAUGUGGGUGGAAGUGAAACUGAGAUGAAUGAUGACUUCAAGAAGCCAGAUGCCUCUUUAGCUGAUUUCCUGAAAAUGUUCCCCAGAAUGUUUGUCCACCUCCUGUUGAGCCCUCUCUUCCUGAUGCUGGUCCUGGCCCAGUGCUGCUUCUCCUCAGUGAUCGCGGGUCUCUCUACGUUCCUCAACAAGUUCCUGGAGCGACAGUACAGCGCUUCAGCCGCCUACAGCAGCCUGCUAGUUGGUGCUGUGAAUCUGCCAGCAGUAGCAGUGGGGAUGCUGAUUGGUGGGGUCAUCAUGAAGAAGACAGGUCUCUCUCUGAAGACCAUCCCACGCUUCUCUGUGGCCAUGCUGACUAUGUCCACCCUCCUCUGUAUCCCUCUCUUCUUCAUGGGCUGCCCCACACAGAAAGUGUCAGAGGUCAAUUAUUACCAGAUUGGACAGUAUGGCUCUCUGCCCCUGUGCUACUCCAACUGCUCCUGCCUUGCCAGUGCCUUCAACCCUGUGUGUGGCUCGGAUGGUGUCGAGUAUAUUUCUCCUUGCCAUGCGGGCUGCACCAACUUCACCAAGGAUCCCAACAACACCCACAGGGUUCAGCUGUAUACCAACUGCAUGUGUAUAUCUGGGAGCCAGAGUAAUGCCCAUCCUACACCCUGUUCAAACAGCUGCCCACAUCUUCUUCUCCCCGUCAUUCUUGUCAUCUCUUUGGCUUCACUGAUCGCCUGCCUCACUCACAACCCCAUGUACAUGAUGGUGCUAAGAUGUGUUCCCUCCGAAGAGAAGUCAUUUGCUAUAGGAAUUCAAUUUUUACUCAUGAGAGUUUUAGCCUGGCUACCUGCCCCUGCUCUCUUUGGGAUGGCCAUUGAUACAUCAUGUGUCUGGUGGAAGACUGUGUGCGGAAAGAAGUUUAGCUGUGGUUACUAUGACAACAACAUCUUGAGGAACCGGUACUUGGGCUUACAGGUGGGUUAUAAGGUCAUGGGUGUCGUCCUACUGAUGAUGCUGGGGUGGAAAGCAAAGCGGACCCAGGAGUACACUCUGGAGAAGAGGCCUGAAGGACUACUGUGACCUUCCCAUGUGCCCCCGUGUCCCUCAAAGCUUAGCUAUAAUAUGUUGAAGAACAGAGUGUAGAGCAAAGCUGUGUUAGUGGUAGACGGCCACAGCCUACACUGACCUCAAUGUGUGGAGGCCCACUGCCCUACCUAGAGCUCCACUGGGUGGAGUUAAGAUGAACAUGAUAUCAUCACAAGG